UAUACUCGAACAUGAUUACUCUACACAUGGUUUAGGAAAAAAUAUAUGUUUUGUCAGAAUCUAUCAAUCUAAGUUACCCGUUAUUAAUUCUGCAACUAAAAUUUUUUAUACUUUGAGACCAAAAUGAAACAUGAGCUGUUUCUCUCUCUCUCUCUCUCUCUCUCAUAAUUGACACCAGCAAAGACUUGGUUUCAGAAAAGUGAAUCUCUUCUUCAUCACUAGGUUUGAUCAAUUGGAGCAGCAGGGUUAUUCUGAUGAGUUGUUGCUUUCAAAUUUUCAGAAGGAAAGGAUCUUCCUCAGCCACACUAUUGACCGGAAUUGAUAUAGAUGUUUCAGAAAUUCAGAAUGUAAACAUUUACACUUACAAGGAUUUGCAAAUUGCCACUGAAGGCUUUAGUCCUGCAAACAAGAUAGGGCAGGGAGGUUUUGGAGCAGUCUAUAAGGGAAAGCUGAAAAACGGUUCUCUGGUAGCUAUAAAGGUUUUAUCAGCUGAAUCAAAACAAGGGGUCCGGGAGUUCUUGACAGAAAUCAAGGUGAUCUCUAGUAUAGAGCAUGAGAAUCUAGUGAAGUUGGAGGGAUGCUGUGUGGAGAACAACCAUAGAAUUUUGGUAUAUGGCUAUCUUGAGAAUAACAGCCUAGCACAAACACUUAUUGGUGCACGCCAUAGUAGCAUCCAAUUCAGUUGGCAUGUAAGGAGGAACAUUUGCAUAGGUGUUGCCCGGGGGCUUGCAUUCCUUCAUGAGGAGGUUAGGCCACACAUUAUCCAUAGAGACAUAAAAGCAAGCAAUGUACUACUUGACAAAGAUCUCCAACCCAAAAUUUCAGAUUUUGGCCUUGCAAAGCUUAUUCCACCAAACCUGACCCAUAUCAGUACCCGUGUUGCUGGAACAGCUGGUUAUCUGGCACCUGAAUAUGCCAUCCGAAAUCAAGUGACUAGAAAAUCAGAUGUCUAUAGUUUUGGAGUUCUACUAUUAGAAAUUGUUAGUGGGAGGCCUAACACAAACAGACGUCUACCUGUUGAAGAACAGUAUCUUCUCACAAGGGCUUGGGAUUUGUAUGAGAGUGGGGAGGCAGAAACAUUGGUGGAUGCUUUUCUGGAUGGAGACUUCAACAUUGAGGAGGCAGUGAGAUUUUGUAAGGUUGGUCUCCUUUGCACACAGGAUUCUCCUCAGCUGCGGCCCUCUAUGUCCGCUGUGCUUGACAUGCUUUUAGGCGAAAAAGAUGUGAAUAAGGAAAAUGUGACAAAACCAGGCAUGAUAUUUGAGUUUGUGGAAGCCAAAAGUGUGGGGAAACAAAAAAGCAAGGCUGAAGUGGAUGGUACAACUUUGUUGGCUGAAGGGAAGCAAGAAGAGUCAUCUUCAUCAGGAACUGUUAGCUCUUUUGCUACCAUGACCUUCACAGCAAUUUAUGAUCGAAGCAACUAGUUUGAUAUUGUCACUAGGUAGCAUUGUGUUCAGUCCUUAAAUGAUUUUUUUCCUCUCCCCCCCUCUAUCCAAUGUUUCCAAUCUUUGCUGCCUUUUUAGGCUACAAAUCAGAGUGUAAAUUUUUGUUUAAUAUCUUCUUCUCAUAAUGUAUUAGUCAAUGGUGAUGAAUUCAUAUUUUGAAUUCUUCGAUCGUACAGAUAUGGACAAACUUUUUGAGAAAAGAGUCUCAUCUGUAUAUCUAAGCAAUAUAGCACAGUACUUUGAAUCAAGGGAUUUUAUUUUUGGGUUGGUUUUUUGUGGCUCUUUGUUGGUCUUUGUUUAAGAGUAAUGCUUGCUCAUACAGUCAUACUUCACACAUCCCUGAAGUAUGCAAAUUGUAGUCCUCUCAAGAAUCUUCUCAAAUGUAGAGUUGCAUUUUUUUUUAUUUUUUUUUUAUGCUACUUAAUGUUUUGCUAAAUUGUCUUGUUAUGCUCAGACUUUUGAGUUUAA